AUGGGGCCUUUCCCCCAAGGUAAUGUACUGGAUUUAUACAACAAUUAUCAGACCUAUCCUUCUAGACUGGCUUGCAGAGCCAUUACGGGUGCAUGGAAAUCCACACCUAUAGAUGCGUUGGAAGCCUUAUUAAAUCUACCCCCACUUCACAUUCUUAUACAAUCGGAAGCAAUUAAGACCUUAGAUAGAAUCGCAUCCUUGGAUGACAAAAACUUGACACCUACUGAACAUACCAACACUUGGUUUAAGGCUAAGGAUUUCCUACCUGUUCUGUCCAUGCCUUCAGAUAAAAUAACCAAAGUUUUCACUUUAGAUAGAGAUUUCGAAGUCGUCGUCCCUAGCCGAGAAGAAUGGCUGAAUGGCACAUUCCCACCAAAGAUAGGCACUGUUCUAUAUACAGACGGUUCAGUUAUUAAGGACAAUGCUGGAGCAGGCAUGUAUUGCUCUAAGCUAAAUAUCGAAAUGCAAAUUCCACUAGGAGAGUUUUCAUCGAUUUUUCUUGUCGAACUUCGGGCUAUCUUAGCCGCUGGCCAUUCUUUGGUAGAUGACAAUUCCAUUCGACAAUCAAUAUAUAUUUGUUCAGACAGCCAAGCAGCCCUAAAAGCACUUAAGUCGUACACGCAAAGCUCUGCCCUGUCGUUAGAAUGCUGGCACCUAGUGAACCAAAUAGCGCAGGUAAACAAUUUGAAGCUAGUAUGGGUUCCAGCACACUCGGGCUUUGAGGGUAACGAAAAAGCUGAUACGCUAGCCAAGGCGGCAGCUUUGAGCAAGACAUAUGGUCCGGAACCCAUAACUAGCGUACCGCCGUCGAUAGCUGAACGACAGAUACUUUCCUUAAGAGAAAAGAAAUUCAGAGAACAUUGGGCUAAUAUCAGAUCAUGCCGACAGUCCAAACAUUGCAUACGCAUCAGCAGGAUCAACACCAAGUACUUAAUUAAUGCAAACGUUCUGAUUCGAGCUGUGACCAAUGCGGUCACCAUACUGACACAGCUGAGCAUUUUCUGUGUGACUGCCCUGCCUACAUCCUAA